CGACUCGCGGCGUGGAGCGAGCAGGCCGUGGUAGUAGUGGUGGUAGCUGGGCCAGUGGGGACCGCAGUCCGGCGACAGGCGAGGCGGGCAGCAGCAGCAGCAGCGCGGGUCGAGGGGACCGAGCGGGGUUCGCAGGGCGCUGGGACGGGGGGUCCCCGUGAGAGGUCGAGCAGCAGUAGCAGGAGCCGGGCCCCACCAUGGAUGACGACGAGGAGACGUACCGCCUGUGGAAGAUCCGCAAGACUAUCAUGCAGCUGUGCCACGACCGCGGGUACCUGGUGACCCAGGAUGAGCUGGACCAGUCCCUGGAAGAGUUCCGCUCUCAGUUCGGGGACAAGCCCAGCGAAGGACGACCCCGGCGCUCCGACCUCACCGUGCUGGUGGCCCACAACGACGACCCCACCGACCAGAUGUUCGUCUUCUUCCCUGAGGAGCCCAAGGUGGGGAUCAAGACCAUCAAGCUCUACUGCCAGCGCAUGCAGGAGGAGAACAUCACCCGGGCUAUCAUCGUGGUGCAGCAGGGCAUGACGCCGUCCGCCAAGCAGUCUUUGGUUGACAUGGCUCCGAAAUACAUCCUGGAGCAGUUUCUGCAGCAAGAGCUUCUCAUCAACAUUACAGAGCACGAGUUGGUCCCAGAGCACAACGUGAUGACGAAGGAAGAGGUGACGGAACUCCUGGCACGAUACAAGCUGAAGGAGUCUCAGCUGCCUCGCAUCCAGCAGGGCGACCCCGUCGCCAGGUACUUUGGGCUCAAGCGCGGCCAGGUGGUGAAAAUCAUCCGGCCCAGUGAGACGGCCGGACGCUACAUCACCUACCGCCUGGUGCAGUGAGGACAAGCCCUGCUGGCUGGCACUGGCUGGCACAGGCUGCCACAGGCUGCCACAUGCUGCCACAGGCUGCCACAGGCUGCCACAGGCUGCCACAGGCUGCCACAGGCUGCCACAGGCUGCCACAGGUUGCCACAGGCUGGCACACACCCACACCGCCAGAUGUGGGCAUUACAAAAGUCUCGCACAGUGGAUGGAUAUUUAGGGUUUUAAAUUUUAAAUCAUACAUUUCACAAAUGUCCAAAUUCCAAAAGUAUCUUCGUGAUUGCGCAUAAUAAUUUUUUGGUUUAACUUUAAAGUGUCGGUGUAUGACAUGCAUUGCCAAUUUCUUUCAUCAAUAUUUCUAAGUUCUUACCGAUCUUCUUUGAACAGAUUAGGUUUUUUUUGUGUUUGGAAAUUAUAGUGCUACUUUUUUUCAUGAUGCCAUUCUAUUUGUAGCCAAAUAUUAUUUGUUUUAAGGUUUCCAUUCAACACAGGUUAUCAGAAUCUACAAUACAAAGUUACUUCAGCAUCAGUUAGAGGGAGGGUGAGCGAGCUGGUAAGAAAAGAUGUAUGUAUGUUGAACUUCUUUCGCACCAUACGUAGCCAUCCGUGCUAAUCGGAGGUGCGGGAGAAGGACAACAAAACGAAACACAAAGUUUUAAAGGAAUUAGUUUUCAAUCUAGAUUCUGAUUUAAAAGCGCAUAGCUCCCAGUAGCUUCCUAAUAUCGGAAGGAAGAGAGCAUUCCAGUCGGCCACGAAAGCGCGCGGCGCGGCGAGCGUCUUUGUCCAAUGGCUAUCCAAGAUGGCACCGCUGCUGCGAGGAUGACCACCGGGUAGGGUGACGGUUGGAGAUGGAACCACACUGGAGAAUGAGACCGGACCUUGUAACUGGCGGCGUUUGCGUUUGGCGGGACUUUUAUUCUCGGAACAUUUUUCCCAGUUGUGUAAGUUAUUUUUUUUGUCUCAACAUUUUCUUUUUUUAAUAAAGGUGACAAAAUAAAAGACUCUGUGACUGUCACGUA